GCCGCGCUGUAUUUAUUUGGUGCUUCAGUGUUUGGUCAAGUUGAGGCAGAGCGCCUGGUCCCCCGAGUUCCUGACUCAGGUUUCCACAAAAGCGUGGUUGUACGAAACACCCCGAAACUUUUCCACACGCUCACUUGUCUCUCUCUCUCACACACGCACACAUAAACACACAAUUUGUGCUUCUCAGGAAUCGGCCGACUGACGGAACACCAACUCUGCAAAAGAACAAUAGCUGAACACAUCCCACCUUCCCGGGAGAAACAGGAGGCAAGACACCCUAACACCGCACUCCCCUUUGCCGGGUGCUUAAAAACAAAAAAAGGCCGGCCAGUCGCCGCACGCUGCAUGCCGGGAUGAGUAGUUUCUCCAAGCCGCCAGGCGCCGGGUUCAGAACACAGGCGCCACACGACUCUCGGUCCCAGCCACAAGCGCUGUCCACUGUUCAUCGCCGACGGAGACAAGCAGGCCGGGGAUACUUGGUGUUUGGCCGACGACCGCCGAACUUGGGGUGCCGAGUGCAUUGCCGCCGCCGGGUAGGGCGCCUGAGGGACCUGGCCGGGAGAGGCGGAGCGGGGAUUUCUGUCAGCGCCAGCGCCCUUGAGCACCUAGACAUGAACGGCUUCACGCCUGAGGAGAUGAGCCGCGGCGGGGACGCGGCUGCCGCCGUGGCUGCGGUGGUUGCGGCUGCAGCGGCCGCCGCCUCCGCCGGGAACGGGAACGCUGCAGGCGCCGGGGCUGAGGUACCCGGCGCCGGGGCGGUCUCAGCGGCUGGGCCCCCGGGGGCGGCCGGGCCGGGCCCCGGGCAGCUAUGCUGUUUACGGGAGGACGGUGAGCGGUGCGGCCGAGCGGCUGGCAAUGCCAGCUUCAGCAAGAGGAUUCAGAAGAGCAUCUCCCAGAAGAAGGUGAAGAUCGAGCUGGAUAAGAGUGCAAGGCAUCUUUACAUUUGUGAUUAUCAUAAAAACUUAAUUCAGAGUGUCCGAAACAGAAGAAAGAGAAAAGGGAGUGAUGAUGAUGGAGGUGAUUCACCUGUUCAAGACAUUGAUACUCCAGAGGUUGACUUAUACCAAUUACAAGUAAAUACACUUAGGCGAUACAAAAGACACUUCAAGCUACCAACCAGACCAGGACUUAAUAAAGCUCAACUUGUUGAGAUAGUUGGUUGCCACUUUAGGUCUAUUCCAGUGAAUGAAAAAGACACCUUAACAUAUUUCAUCUACUCAGUGAAGAAUGACAAGAACAAAUCAGAUCUCAAGGUUGAUAGUGGUGUUCACUAGGAGAGAUGGCGUUAAGUCUAAUAUGUGGAUGUUCAGAUGUUAAGACUGUUUACUGUUUUUUCACAUGUAGAAAUGUUCUUUGUGUAUUUUUUCUACAGAGAAUUUUCUCUGGUUUUAUUUCCUUUGUUUCUGAUUCUAAUAAUUAGCUGGAAACUCAUGUAAAAUGAGCUUCCUAGAUUAAAAAUAUUUUAAAUAAAGGUUAUUACUAUUAUA